AUGUGCGACAAGCUGCUGGCGAACCCGGUGAUUGAGCAAUACACAGUGGACCUGGAAGAGAUAAGCAGCUAG